AUGAACGAAUCCGAUUCGCGGCCAGAACACCGGGACGGUCAGUUCUGUCGGCUGUGCUUCCACCAGACGGUCGAUCUGUGUCCGCUGUUUCCUUCGGCAACCAUUCCGAACAAAGCGCUGCUUCAUAAGAUAUUCGACUGCACCACCAUAACGCUAAGCAUACGCGAUGAUCAUGAUGCAAACAUAUGCGCCAACUGUAUCGUCAGCAUUGAGGCCUUCUUCAAGUACAAAUCAAAGUGCGUGGAAAACGAUCGGUUGCUACGGAAGAAGCGUGUCAGCUUCUUCGCCGGUCUGGGUCUAGCGGCCGAUCCGGUAGACAAUCGGUUGAUGACAAUCCUUCCGCACAGUAAGCGGCGCCGUUUGUCACAGAAUGGAGCCGGUGGCGAAUUGCUAACGUACGAAGAUGAAGAGCUUGCCGUGGAUCGUAAACGACACCGAACGGAGACAGAUCUACCCGAGGAAGAUGAUGACGAGGAUGACGGUAAUAGCAGUGUAAAGAAACCACAAAAUGGAACUCCAGCGGAGCACGAGGAUGGUGAGGUGGAUGAGGAACUAAGCAAGAAACAUCUUGCACAGUAUCAAAUUAAGCAGGAAGCUUUCGAUGCGGACGGCGACGAUGAAAACGAUAACCGCAAGCAGCAGUACGAGCAGGAUGACGACGAGGAGGAGUACUUCAAUCCGAACCAAUUCCUAGCGCAAGAGACAAAAAUAGACGAGAGUGCUGUUGGUGACGAGGUCGGAAACGAUGGCAGCUCCGACGGGGAUGGAUUUGUGCCGAAUGGACACGAAGAUGGCAGCCCACCGGCAACCGGACAUCCAUUCGAGCGUGGUUGGAAAACGAUCGAAUUCGCACCACAGCCCGGUUCGUCCGGGUUAAAAACGUUAAAAAUCACGGACUAUUCCAAUGUCACCGGCAAGCGCGGUCGGCCGCAGCGGUUUAUGGCGGAGAUGUUAUCCAUGGCGGCGGCCGGGAGCAGUAACCUGUUGCCAUACCAUCACGGGGAGACCGUCUAUCAGCAGUUGCAACGGCUGAAUGGGUUGGCAAGCGCUGGACGAUUACAACCUGAUGAAGUUGCACGAUUGUCUGUGGUGGCAGCUAACUCCUCCCAAAGCAACAACGCACCACGAACCAUUGGCGGAGUGAUCGAACCCACGAAAAAGGUGCAAAAGUUUCUGGACGAUGGGCUGCGGGAGUUGAUCUACAAUGCUGGAGCACCGAAUCCACACUACGCGAGGGAUGGCGGAUCGACGGAUUUCAAAGUCGUGAAAGCGCGCUUCAACUCGUACAACAUCAUAUUCGACGACAAUCGGUUUCUGCGUCGCAACAAGUCUGUUAGCGGACUGCCGAAGUGGUACUGGGCGUGCAGCGUCACUGGUUGUCCGGUGAAGAUUUGUAGCUACGCUGGGCGGUUGUUCAAAACGAACGAACUGUCCCACACCCAUCCACCAACGGAACCGGACGCGGAAAUCAAAUACGAAACCAUCCAGCCCGACCCGGUGGAGGCGGAACAGUUGCAGCGGCAGCUACUGUUACAGCAGCAGCAACAGCACCAGAUGCAACAGCAGCGUCUUCUGCGACAGCAGCAGCAGCAACAGUUGUUACGCCAACGGCAGGUUGAGCUUGCGCAGCGUCGUGUCGCGGCCGCGGCUGCAUUGAUGGUUGCGGCAGCAGCAAACGCUUCCCGAACGGACCAGCCUGAGCAAAAGUACACCAAGCACAUGGCGGAGCACAACAGUCGAACGGUGGGUGAAUCGGUCGAUCCACGAAAAAACUACGAACUGCGAAUGGCUAACGAUGGUUCGGAAAUGCUGCUGUAUGGUGGACACACCCACGGACUGAUCUUGACCCGUAAGGAUGGCGUUAGGGUGUAUCGGUGUACGAGUGUGAUUGGCGGCGAAGAGUCGGCUGCAGGAGGUGGAAUAGGACCGCCCUGUACGGACACCGUAUUCCUGCACACGGACGGUCGCAUCGUGAAGAUCUGCAAGGAAGAAAUCGUAGACUACGACAUGGAGCUGUCGUUGGAUGCAGCGGAUCGUUCACGAUUCGGCACUGGUAACACGGCGGAAGAGGACGAUAAACGCCGCCGUCCGCAGAAGAUUAUCGUAUACGAGGGCUAUCGGUACAAGUACUGCCAUGCCCGGCCCGAGGGUAGCUUCUACUGGCGGUGCGUACUGCGCCACGAUAAGGAUUGCCUGGCGUCCAUCCAGACGAAGCGCAAUCUCGAGUUUUUGAACGUGAACGAUCAGCCGCACAAUCACGAUCCACCGGACCCGUCCGAACCGCACGAGAAUGCGAUGCUGUGUGAGAUUCGGCUUCCGGUCAAGGGUGAACAGACGGAAGGGUCGACCGAUUUCAAGCUGGUAAAGAGUGGCCAGAAGCGGGAGUUCCUCAUCUAUAAGGGUUAUCGGUAUUACUUCCAGUACGAGUCGAAGAAUGGUCGUCGUUCGUACCGUUGCACGAUGUUUAAGAACUGUCCGGCCGGAGCCUUUUUGCUACCGAACAGUACGAUUCAGGAAGCGAAGAACUUCAUACACACGCAUCCACCCGUGGAGGACAUGGACAAGUAUAUCACCAAGGAUAGUUUAAUCACGAGUCCGUUCAAACAUCCAUCGGACGGCGGAGGGAUAAACGGUGCCGUCAAGCGGAGUACCACGCUAGACCCAUCGAAUUGGAAGAAUGCACUGGUAGCGGCAGGAAAUCCUACUGGUGGAGUUGAACCGCUCAGUAAAGAUCCAGAAGUAGCGCGUCGAAAUGGAUACCGCAUCAUCAAGAACUACAAGAACAAAGAGAUCAUGAUCUAUCUCGGGUGGCGCUACUUCGAAGACUACAAGAAGAAGAGUGGUGGACAGGUGUGGCGCUGUUCUUCGCAUCGUUUGUGCCGCGGCUCAGUCCACCUCUUCCCGGAUGGGUCAAUCAACUUUGCCAAACUCGUCGACCACAACCAUUCGCCACCGAAGAAGAUCAUCAGCCAUUCGUCGGUGGAUGGUGGAGGUGGCUUUACGAAAGGAAUGCUUGAAGGUAGAGUGUCGGGAAACCAGCUUACCAUGGUGGCCGACGGUAAUAGCGAUGCGUUGCUGGGCGGUGGUGGAACCUACCAUCGUUACAUCACGCACCAGGGCCAUCGGUUCCGAUUUGCGACGCGAAAGCGCGAAGGUACCAUCUAUUGGCGGUGCGCAAUGCGGCUGGAAACCAAAUGUCCGGUUUCGUUCCACACGAAGGAGGACACGUACGAGCUGGUCAGUACGCGGAAUCACGAACACAACCAUCCCAUCCCGACGGUGUGGCCGGAGGUGGCCGGUGGACAAAUUAACGAAGAGCUACCGAAGGUGCGUAUGCCGGCCGAAGAGAUCGGAACGACAGAUUUCAUUCUGACGAAAAACUCCAAAGGGCGCGACAUGGUACUUUACCGGAAUGGACGCUUUUAUCUGGAUUACUCGCGCAAGGAUGGCAAAAUUGUGUUCCGUUGUUCCGCAGUGUCUGGAUGCCGGGCGACCGUACUACUGUUGCCGAACAAAACGCUCCAAGUUGCGGACGAUUUUAGCCACAACCAUCCCACGCUGGACGGGUGGGAUGCAAGAGAAACGACGGCGCUAAACGGUAAACCGGCUUCACCGGUGGAUGAACCCAUCGAGCUGAAGUCUGACGAAGAGGAAGAUGAUGAACCGGCCAGCGUUUCCGGUACGACGCAUCCAAGAGCGAGCGGUGAAACGAUGCUUCCGAAAAUCAUACUUUACGAUGGGUUUCAGUUCCGCUUUAUCUCGCGUCAUCCGACGGAGCAAAGUGCGUUCUUUCGCUGCUUUAACUUCGACGCCAAGAAGAACCAAUGCCACGCAUCGCUCUACACCGACCUGAACGGGGUGGUCAUACAAACGAACCAGCAGCGGCACAAUCACGAACAGGGUGACUAUCUGAUGGGCCCGGACAAGUACCAGCAGCGGCAGCAAAUAGCAUCAACGGGCCAGCAGAUGAACUCGAACGAGCUGAUCGGUACGCACGAUUACAAGAUCGUGAAGAAUUGGAAAAAUCGCGACGUGCUAGUGUUUCAAAACUGUCGCUACUUCCUGCACUACGUGCGGAAGGAUGGCCGCAAGGUUUGGCGCUGUUCUGCAAUACGAAGUUGUCACGCUGCCGUGUAUCUGAAUGCCGACGGAACGGUUGAUCAGUUCCGCGGACAGCACGUGCACGAGAUACGUCCUGAAGGUGAACCACGGCGCAGACGACGCAGGAAAAAGAGUGAAAUAAUGUUCCCGUACGGGGUCGGUUCGGGGAUGGGCAUCUUCGGUAAUGGGAUGCUUGCAGCCGAGAUGAUGGCCCGUGGAGUCAGCAUGAAUGGAUCUUCUUCACUAAACGGUGGUACUGUUGGCAAUGGAUCAGCGAAUGGCGUUGGCAACUUGGGAUCGAACGAAUGGAUUGACUACAGUGACUACGGUAUACAGAUGAGUGGUUCCUCGAACGAUACUGGUGCCAGUGGCGAGGGCACAAACCGUGCGAAUGAAGGGCACCACUCACUGUGGGAUCAAUUCCAUCCCGGACAGGGUGUUACAACGGGCGGUGGAGGAGGAACUGAAGGGGAAGGAUUUGACCUUAGCUACCAUUCGGUGUUCGGCAGCCAGGAAAGCUUUAACACGUAUGCCGUCCAUGCGCUAGCACAACAUCACCUACAACAGCAGCACCAGCAGCAGCAGCGAUCAGCGGCCAGCCUGCAGCAACAUUUGCACCAUCACCACCAGCUGCUACUGAAUGGCGGUGGACAGUUGCAGCAACAGCAGCGUCCCUCCACCCGGCAGGACAGCAGCGAUAUGGAGGAGUACGACCUUUCCGGUCCGGCCAGCGAUGACGAACAUCCUCCCCUGAUCGACAUCACACCGGAGGUUAAGAUAGAAGGUGACGAUCUCUGA